GCGCCAUCUUGUUUGUAACUCUUCUACGUAAGUGGUAGAGUUUCUACCGAGGGGGUAUCCGAUUACCCUUUUUCCAGCGUUAGACUGGGAACCUCUCCCUGAAGUACUCGGGCGCAUAUCGCAUUUGCUUUAUCGCCAUUCUCUUAAAAGAUCAAGCCACAGUCUUUCUAACUGGACAGAAAUGAGCAUCGAAACGCUUCUGGAAGCAGCCAAGUUUUUGGAAUUGCAAGCCCAGCAACAACAGAAAGCACGUGAGGAUGACUUAAAGGAAAAGCAUCGUCUGGAGCAGUUGGCCGAGCAGAGGCACGCUGAUGUGAACUAUAACUCGACAAUCCACAUCAACAAUGUUUCUAAAGCAGAGGAGCUGCGCACUGAGGGCCGCCCGGCGCCCAUCCCACCCUCUCUGCCUCCCCCCUCCAUGGCCAUCACUGUCAUCCCCUUCCCUGUGGUCAACCCCAACCCGACAGGCUCACCCACUCUGCCUGUCGCCACGCUCUCUCCUCCAGCUGCUCCGCCACCUGCCGCCACUCUGCCCCGCUCUCCACAACCCAAACCUGACCAGCCGACCUCCGUGCUGACCGCCAGCCACAAGCAGCUGAUCCAGAACCACCACCUUCACCCGCAGCUUAUUGCCCAAACUAACAAUACUAAAUUACAGCAGCAGCUGGUUCAACGCUACCCUGGAUCCAUCGUCUCGCCCCCACAGCAACAUGCCUUACUCCCUCAGGCGGGCCCUGUGCUCCAGCAGGCUCCUCUACAGAACGGCCCCGUCAGCCGGGGGAGUCCUCCUGAUGACGGCCGCCAGCUAGACAAGAAGAGGCCUGGAGGGGCAGGCACAAGAGAAGUGCAUAACAAGCUUGAGAAAAACAGACGAGCACACUUGAAGGAGUGCUUUGAGACGCUGAAAAAGAACAUCCCCAACAUAGACGAGAAGAAGACCUCCAAUCUGAGUGUGCUGAGAAGUGCGCUGAGAUACAUCCAGACGUUGAAGCGGAAAGAGAAGGAGUACGAGCACGACAUGGAGCGACUGGCCAGAGAGAAGAUAGCCACGCAGCAGCGAUUAGCAGAGCUGAAGAACGAGCUGAGCCAGUGGAUGGAUGUGAUCGAGAUCGACCGCGUCCUCCGACAGACAGUACAGCCAGAGGAGGACCAGGCCUCCACCUCCACGGCCUCAGAAGGUGAAGACAUUAUGGAUGAUGACCUGGAGGAUGAGAUUGCGCCGAGAGCACAGACUGCCUUACCCACCGUGCCUCAAACCAUGAAACCUGAGCUGCACAAGAUUGCAACACUCACUCAGACCCCAACCCUGGCACCCACCACUACCUCCUUUAUCACCCAACACAUCUCCAUCCAGCACAAAGUCCCUCUGCACCAGCCUCAGCUCCAGUCGCUGACAGUGAUUCCUCCACAGCCAGCGUCCAAGCCUGCAGCCCCACCUACACUCACAACAUCCAACACUCCCAUCAGCCUUACUCAGACCCUGAUCCCCACCCAGACACAGAUUGUGACGGCGUCCAGCCUACACCCCACAGUUAUUGCCCACGCUUCAGUGUCCCAUCCCUCAGUCAUCCAAGCAGUUAACCACGUCAUCCAUGGAGGGGGUCCCAAACAUAUCGCCCACCUGGCUCCCUCCACCACCACCGGCACGGUCCAGUUAGCCCCCGGCCACCAACCCAUCGGCCACAUCACAGUGCACCCGGUGGCUCACCUGAGCCAGCAUCUCCCCACUCUCUACCCCCAACCAAUGGCCGUCACACAGUCGGCUAUGGUCGGUCACAUCACCCACACACUUAACCACGCCCACCCUCACAUGAACGGCACUGCGACUAGCCAACCAGCUGCCACCAUCGUUGGCAAGCAGACAGCAGUGAGCACCCAAAUGGUGACCCACCACCCGCAGCUGGUGGGUCAGACAGUGCUCAACCCUGUGACAAUGGUGACCAUGCCCUCCUUCCCCAUCGGCACUCUGAAGCUGGCCUGAACACUGCCAACAGAACCGCCAGGCUGGGAGAAGGAGACGCCCCUUGACAGGAGAGAACCACAGGCCUCAGAUCAGGCCUCUGACGAGCCCGCAGUGAGGGCAGGAGAGCUGCUGGACACCUCGCUGAUCUACAGAGUUUCCCUAUCAUUCACAAGCAUUACCGCCGAUAUAACACCAGGAACAUUCCUACAACAAAUCUUUCAAAACUAGUCCGCCAGUGUCCUGAAAUCUUGAUCCUAAAUUUAGGAUAUGAUUGAUAUCAUGUGGAGCGUGUGUGGCAAUGUACGGUGGUGGGCAGAUGUUUAGAGCUUCAGGUGUCAUCCAUUGUUGCAGAUAAUAGAGCAGUAGUCAAUUUCACAUGAGCUUCACAGAAAUGGCUGCCAGUGCAGAGUCCAUUAGGGCUCCCCGUUGAAAUUCGAAAAAUGGCCGUUGAACGUUUGAGGGGUUUUUGUCAGUCAGUGUGCAUUAGGCCUACAUUAUAUUUUUGCACUUGAAAAGCAAAAUUAGGAGGCUAUGAAGAACUUUGUGGUCAACAGUCGUAUGCUCUAGUAAACAACUUAAUCAUAUACACAUGGUAAACCCCCCAGGUAGAGAGGGCGUAGCGAGCAUAUCCACGGCCCCGGGAGGUGUGAAGUUCUGGGCGAGGGAUGCUGUAAAGCACCCCGGGCCUUUCCAAGCUGACAGAGCCAGUCGCAGUGCUCCACCACGGAGAAAAUAAAAGAGAAAAAGAAUAGUCAAAUCUUCGUAUUGUACAGCCACAUCCGAUUUUGAAUGGUAAACAUUUUGAUUUGGGAUCAACCAUGUCCAUGUCCGCACCAUGUUACAUGUAGGUGCUGGCUGGUGGCGAUCACUGUGACAGCUGGGGAUUAACCAAUACUAGAUGAUGUACUUGAGAGGCUACAUUGGGUUUGAGGGCUGUGACAGACAGUGUAGGAUCAGAGUGCUGGACCCGCCAUAACCAGCACAUUGGGGAUGUGAUUUAGAGGAGCUCCUCCUCCCCAGCAGAGGCACAUGCUGCAGUGCUGGAGCAAAAUCACGGACUGAACUCGAGCUCCUGAGCAGGAGCUGCAGUCCUCACUGAUGAUGCAUACAGCAAUAGUUCCCCCUGCUGGCAGAUGAAAUGAUACUAUCCCUGUGACGAUGAAUAAAAUCUUGCAGUGAAGAAUAAUGCUGAUGGAUAUCAUUCAAACAACGGCCGCUUAAAGUCAAAGAAUAUGCAGUUUUGUCAGGGCUUGUUUUUAAGUGUUGGGACACUGAAUUUGUUACUUAUCUCUCGUAUUUGUCCUUCAAACAUACCGGCGACUGUUCACUGAGCACUAGUACAAGGUUUAGUUUUAGGAUAAAGUUAUGUUUUUGUCACAGCUGCUAAUAUAUUUUAAAAAUAUUUUUGCCAAAUAGAAUCAGUUCUACAUGCCCCCCUAAAUGUAAACACCACAACACAGUGGUGUAUUUAAAUACUAAACUUAUGAGAUACAAACCCAGACGCUACAAGGUGAGGGAGUGUUUAGAGGUUUUGAAUGUGAAUACAUAAAAAAAAGGUCCAUAAAAUGUCGUACAAUGUGUUAGUAUGCUGUCUAGAAGGGCAAAUGGUAGUAGGAUGGGUGUUUGCAUGCUGUGAAUGCAUGCCAUGACUGUGUUAAUUAGUGAUAAUCUUGAAAGCGAGGAGCCAUAAGGGGGCUGUCUGACUUCGACAAGCUGCAGUGGGAAUGUAAGAUUUUCUGGCUCAGAGUUGAAGCUGUCAUCCAUAACCUUUGGAUCGGUAUUAAGUGAGUUCAACAUUUGAUAUACAUCCAAUCAAUGUGUUUUUGUCAGGACUAUCCUUUUCCAAAGCUAGCACUGUGAACAUUUCUAUUAGCCUCAAUGAGCAGCAGUUUAGCGUAGCACUUGCUAGAACAGCAACAUGUUCUUAUUUAAUCUGAAUGUACUGAUCUGUGAAAGGAUGUGGAGUAGUGCACUCAUCAGAAGUUAAGCCCUUGUUUUGUUUUUUGUUUUGUUUUUUUUUAAAGAAAAAUGCGAUUACUUUAUGAAAGUAUCAGGUGUAUGUAAAUGUAACAUUUAAAACUGAUUUUGUAUUUUAAGAUGUACUGUCGCUUGUUUCAUCUGGAGAAUAUCUUCUUCUGUUCAGUGUAAAUUUGAUAAUAUAGUUGUUUUUUUCUGGGACCAUGUUCAGUGCUGUAUAUCAGGGGGUGGCGGCUACACAGACCUCUUUCCAUGUUGAUAUCACAUUCGGCCACUUUGGAAAGUAUUCACCCCGUAAUUGUUUUCUAUUUUGUUCUGAUGCAAUAUGAUUAAAGCAGGGACUCUUAGUUUUGCUUUUUAACUGAUUUUCACCCCCCCCCCCCCUCCUAUAUUUUACGCAAAUGAUCCUGAACAAAUCAUAUUGAAAUCAUAUUGUAGCAAAACAAAAUGUGUAAAAAAUGAAGAGGGAUUCAGAUACUUGAAGAAGCAACAAUAUACUUGUGUGUUUUCCCUAUGGAGAAAGUUUAAGUUGUAUAUAGCCUGUAAAUGUUGGGCUGCAUUUAGAUCUAACUGUAUUAUGUAAAAAGCUGGGGAAAAUAUGUAAAAUUAAAAAUUUAUAAAAAAGCUACUUAAUAAAUUGUAUUAUGUUUA